AAGAACGGCCUCUGUAGAGGAGGCUCGUGAAGGACGCUACUGGGCAGUUGGAGGCAGUCGCCCUCCAACAACAACGGAGGGCGGAGGAGCGACGCUCACAACAACGAGCGUAGCGCCGGGUGGCUAAAGCACAGCAAGUUGGCACAGUAGGGGGCACAGGUGGUGCAUCAGCCAGUCAUCUCGGUCAUCUCAGUCAGUCGACCCGUGGCACCUGGGUCUGCCCCGUGACCUCCUGCCAGCGGGCGUUCGACACUUCACGUGGCCUCAAGGUGCACUUGGCCUGGCACAAGCGUCGUGGUGAUGUCACCACCAAUUUGUGGCGAAUGUCUAUUUUUGUUCUGGUUGUGGCGUUGUGUGUGUACCUAUAUGUACGUUUGUGUGUCUGUUUGUUUGUAAGAAUGUCCGUUGAACUUCCUUGUACAGUGUAGUGUAUAGUGUAGUGUAUAGUAGUGUACAGUGUAGUGUAUAGUGUAGUGUAUAGUAGUGUAUAGUGUAGUGUAUAGAGUAGUGUAUAGUGUAGUGUAUAGUGUAGUGUAUAGUAGUGCAUAGUAUAGUGUAUAGUAGUGUAUAGUGUCGUUUAUAGUAGUGUAUAGUGUAAUGUAUAAUGUAGUUUAUAGUAGAGUAGUGUCUAGUGUAGUGUAUAGUGUAUAGUCAUGUAUAGUAGUGUAUAGUGUAUUAUCGUCAACAUCAUCACUACCAUCAUUAACAUCACCGUCACCAUCACCUCUACCAUCACCAUCAUCAUCGCCACCAUCACUGCCACUGCCACCAUCAUUAGCAUCACCACCACCAUCAUUAACAUGAACUGCAUCUCGAUUUGUCCUUUCGUUUCCAAUCAGCUCUACGCAGUAGGCAGUGGUGUUGGUGGUGGUGGUUGAGGCCCCACCAUGAGGUGGUGGCUGGUGGUGGUGGUGGCGGUGGUGGUGCCGCUGGGUCACGCCAGGACGUGGCGACACUUUCUGGCGGCCGAAGAGAGACCCUGGGACUUCGGGACGCGAGGGGCACGCUGGGAGACCAAGGCCGUGUUCGUGGGGUACAAAGACGCGACUUUCCAAGACGAUAUCCCCACAGAGCCCUGGCAAGGUCUCCUGGGCCCCGUGUUGAGGGCGGAGGUGGGUGACACCAUUGAAGUGGUCUUCCUCAACAGGGCCAGCAAGCCCUACAGCAUGCACGCUCACGGCGUCGCAUACCGCAAGAGCUCCGAGGGCGCCGCCUACGCGGACGGCACCUCCACCGAGCAGGACAAGGCGGACGACGCCGUGGCCCCCGGCCAGCGACACACGUACGUGUGGCGGGUGGCCGAGGGGCCCACAGAUGUCGACCCCGAGUGCCUCACCUACGCCUACCACUCACACGUGGACACCGUCAAGGACUCGGGCUCGGGGCUCUACGGAGCGAUCGUCGUCUGUAGGAAUGGCUCGCUGGAUGCGCACGGCCGUCAGAAGCUUGCGGAGCGAUCCAUCGUGCUGGCGUUCGCCUCCGACUCGCAGGCUCACAGCUGGUACAGCGCCCGCAGCGAGCUCACCUACACCAUCAACGGCUUCGAGCGGGGACACAUACCAGGGCUGACUCUGUGCGACGAGGGGAAACACGACCCUCCACCUGCUGUGCCCCCCAUCCGCCUCGGGGGUCAUUCUCGGUGCACGUGGAGGGGGUUGUCGACCACGCUGGAGGUGGCACCGGAGUUCACCGGCAGAGGGCGAGUGUUCAGCACGCUCACCGCUCACCUGCUCGAGUCGACCACGCUGGAGGUGGCGCCGGAGUUCACCGGAAGGGGCGAGUGUUCAGCACGCUCACCUGCUCGGUGA